AUGCUCAUCCGGGCAGCCCCAAGCCCCCCAAUGAAGACUAGGGACAGCAACUACACCAUGAACUCUGGGUCCUACCUGAGUGCCAGUACAAUGGCCAUCCCCACUAUCACUGGCAGCAGUGUGGCACUGAGUGCCUGCAGCAGCAGCAACACCAGUGCCCGACCUACCAGCCUAAUGGAUACUUACGUGUGCUUUCCAAAGAAACAAAGCAAAACAAAGAAGAGGGUCAUCUGGGGCAUCGAGGUGGCCGAGGAGCUGCAGUGGAAAGGCUGGAGGCUAGGGAAAGAGAUCACCAAGAACCUGGCACUGAAAAAUCUAACCUUGAAAAUUCAGAAGAUGAAGUACAGGCCCCCCAAGACGAAGUUCUUCUUCACAGUUAUCCCUCAGCCCAUCUUCCUGAGCCCGGGCAUAACCUUCACACUCCCCAUUAUCUUCAGGCCUCUGGAGGAGAAGGAGUAUGCGGACCAGCUCUGGUUUGAGAAAGAAGAGGGAAUGUUCUAUGUGGACCUGAGGGCCACCCUACCUUGCCACAACCUGACCUGCCCGUCAUUUCUAGAGUUGCCCAUGUGUGCUGUGGGGGACGUGGCUGAGGCCUGGUUCUGCCUGGAAAAUGUGGGGGACCUGCCCACUUUCUUCACCUGGGAGUUCCCCAGCCCAUUCCAUAUACUGCCCACCACGGGGCUGCUGGAGCCGGGCCAGGCUUCCUGCACCAAGGUGACCUUCCAUCCCCUUGUGGCUAUCAUCUAUGAAGUACAGGCCACGUGCUGGUACGGAAAGGGCAGCAAGCAGAAGAGGAGCAUCCAGUUGCGGGCUGUGGCCAAAUGCGCCCAACUGCUGGUGAGCAUAAAGCAGAAGCGACCAGAGGACCAGGAUGCUGAAGGCGCCCAGAAAGUGUUGCACUUUGGCUCUGUUUCCGUGGGCUGUACCGUGGAGAGGCAGAUCAAGCUGUACAACCCUUCGGUGGUGAGCGCUCCCUUCAGGAUCGAAGUGGCCCCGGAUAUGCUGGCCGAAGAUCAUGCCUUCUCUUGCCCCACGACCCAUGGCAACGUGCCCCCGGGAGAGAAGAAGUCCGUGUCCGUGUUCUUCCACCCAGAGACCUUGGACAUCAGAGCUAUUGACUACUUGUCCAUCGUGCCCUCUGGCUGUGCCUCCCAGACCCUGCUCAAAGUCGUUGGCUUCUGUAGAGGUCCUGAGGUGUACCUGCAGCACCACUGCGUCAACUUUGGCUGGGUUAACCUUGGGCAGACCUCGGAGCAGGCCCUGUGGAUUGAGGGCAGGUCUGACUGCACAGCCUACUUCCAGUUUGCCAUGGACUGCCAAGAGAGUGUCUUCAGCAUCAGGCCUACCUUUGGGACCCUGGUGGGCAAGGCCCGUGUGACCCUGCACUGUACCUUCCAGCCCACUCACCCCAUCAUCUACUCUCGCCGGGUGGCCUGUCUCGUCCACCACCAGGACCCACUGUUCCUGGACCUGAUUGGGACCUGCCACUCGGACAGCACCAAGCCAGCCAUCCUGAGACCUCAGCACCUCACUUGGUACCGCACACACCGGGCACGGGGCCUGACGUUCUAUCCUCCUGACAUCCUGGGCAUCAUGCUGAGGGAGAAGAAGCUGCAACAGGAUAAGGAUGGGGCGCUCAUGAUUUCCACUGAGGACCUGGAGGACAUGUCAGCCCUGCAGUGUCCUCUCAUUCCUCCCAUGACUGAGUAUUUCUUCGAUGGUACCAGCGACCUAGCCAUUUUCCCCCCACCUGUCAGCAUAGAACCCACGGAGGUGGAUUUUGGUGCCUGCCCUGGGCCCAAAAACCCCAACCCUGUCCCCCUGUACUUGAUGAACCACACCAAGGGCAAGAUCACGGUGGUCUGGACGCACAGGUCUGACUGCCCCUUCUGGGUGACCCCAGACACCUGCGACGUGCCACCACUCAAGUCUAUGGCCAUGCGCCUCCACUUCCAUCCACCUUACCCCAACUGUCUGUAUGUUGUGGAGCUCGAGGCCUUCGCUGUCUAUAAGGUCCUGCGGAGCUACAACAACAUCGAGGAGGACUGCACCGUGUGCCCAUCCUGGUGCCUGACCCUCCGUGCACGAGGCCAUAGCUAUGGUGCCUUCUUGGAGCACCACAUCCCUCAGUAUUCCCUGGAUGCCCCCAAGCUCUUUCCAGCAGUGUCCUCCAAUGAACCCUCCUACCGCAGCCUGCUCUUGAUCAACAAAGGCUCCAUGAUGUUGACCUUCAACUUGGCCCCCCAAAGCAGCUCGGACAUCUCCCUGCGGCCCAGCUCGGGCCUUGUGGCCCCCAAGGCCCACCAGAUCCUCUUCGUCUGUACCUACCCCAAGGGCAACUCCUGGAAGCAGCACAUUUUCUACUUGCAGUUUAAUUUUUGCCCCCAGUAUCUCAAGGAGGUAAUCAUGCAGAGCCGGGAGGAGCCUCUGCAGCUGAAGCUGGACACCUGUAGGAGUGUGUUCUUCAAGCCGACCUGGGUGGGCUGCUCCUCCACCAGCCUCUUCACCUUCCACAACCCCUUGCGUCUGCCCCUGGAGUUUGAAUGGAGGAUUUCCCAGCAGCACCGGAAGAUGCUGGCCGUCCAGCCUGCUCGGGGGCUUAUCCAGCCCAGCGACAGCCUUACGCUGACGUGGACCUUCAGCCCUCUGGAGGAGACCAAGUACCUGUUCCGAGUGGGGAUGUGGGUCUGGAAAGCCGGUCUGCCCCCGAACACCAAGCCCCCCGCCACCACCCACUACAUGCUCCGGCUGGUGGGCGUCGGCAUCACCAGCAGCCUCUCUGCGAAGGAGAAGGAGCUGGAUUUCGGGAACGUGCUGGUGAACAGCACUCAGUCCAGGCUGCUGGUGCUUCUGAAUGAUGGCAACUGUACCCUUUACUAUCGCCUCUACCUGGAGCAGUGCAGCCCCAAGGUCAUGGGCAGCAGCCCCCCUGCCUUGCAGCUGGACCGCACAGAGGGCAGCAUGCCACCCCGGUCCCGGGACACCAUCUGCUUGACUGCCUCUCCCAACCAGCGGUCCCAGUACUCCUGGACGAUCAGCUACUCCCUCCUCUCCCACAGAGAUAACAAGGCUGGGGACAGGCAGGAGCUGUGCCACGUCUUCCUGAUGGCCGUGUAUCCCUUACUCUCCAUCCUGGAUGUCUGCUCCAUGGGCAGCAUCGAGGGCAUCACCCGGAAGCACCUGUGGCACCUCUUCUCCCUGGACAGGCUCAACAGUUACUUGGAGCGUGACCCCACCCCCCAGGAGCUCACCUUCAGGGUGCCCACCCGGCACAGCACAAGCCAGAUCCCCCAAGUCUUCACCCCUCUGAAGCUCGACUUCAAUUUUGGGGCAGCACCAAUAGAGGCCUCCCCCUCGGUAGUGCUCCUGGCCCUAAAGAACAGUGGAGUGGUGCCCCUGGACUGGGCCUUCCUCUUUCCAAGUGACCAGAAGAUUGACCUGGAGCUGUGGGCGGAGCAAGCAGAGUUUGACCGCACAGAGCUGCACCAAAUGCGUGUGCAGGACAACUGCAUCUUCUCCAUCAGCCCCAAGGCUGGGAGCCUGAGUCCUGGGCAGGAGCAGGUGGUGGAACUCAAAUACAGCCACCUGUUUAUUGGCACCGAUCGCCUCCCAGUGCUCUUCAAGGUGUCCUAUGGCCGGGAGAUCCUGCUAAAUUUCAUAGGUGUGACAGUGAGGCUGGAGCAAAAGUACGUGCACUUCACCUCCACUAGCCACCAGUUCAUCCCUGUACCCAUCGGAGACACACUGCCCCCAAGGCAGAUUUAUGAGCUGUAUAAUGGUGGCUCGGUGCCCGUGACUUAUGAGAUCCAGACCAAUAUCCUGUCACAGGUUCAGGAAAAAAAUUUCGAUCACCCCAUCUUCUGCUGCCUCAACCCCAACGGGAAGAUCCAGCCAGGCACAACUGCUCAGGUCUUGUGGAUCUUCUCACCUAUUGAGGCCAAGACCUACACGGUGGAUGUGCCCAUACACAUCCUGGGAUGGAACUCAGCCAUCAUCCGCUUCCAGGGAGUGGGCUAUGACCCCCAUGUCAUGGGGGACACAGCCCCAUUCCACAACAUCUCCUCUUGGGAUGACAACUCCAUACAUCCUAGGCUGAUGGUUCCUGGACAGAAUGUCUUCCUGUCCCAGUCUCAUAUCUCCCUGGGAAACAUUCCUGUGCAGAGCAAGUGUAGCCGCCUGCUGUUCCUUAACAACAUCUCCAAGAAUGAGACAAUUGUCUUUGAGUGGCAGCUGAAGCCUCUAGAGUUUGGGGAGGUGUCUGUGAGUCCCAUGACAGGGAAGGUGGCUCCUGAAGAGACAAUUCCAUUCGUGGUGACCCUGAAGGCCUCAGUGCAUGCCAGCUUCUACAGCAUGGACCUGGUGUGCAAGGUGUAUCGGCAGGACCUCCUGAACCAGUACCAUAAGGAACUACAGGAGUGGAAGGAUGAGGAAAUGCGGCAGGAAGUGGAGUUUACCAUCACAGAUAGGAAAGUGAAGGAAGCCGGAUGCUGUGGAGCCUGUGCACCUAUGAGGAAGUACAAGACGCUGCCCCCCAUCAGGAAUCAGCAGCCUCUCAACCGGCCUGCCAGCUGGAACCUUAAGAUCCCAAAGAAGAUAAACUGGUUCUGUCCCCAGUUGCCCUCGCCAGACAUGCUGUACUUGGGCCUCACGGCCCGUGCUCAUGCCACUGACUACUUCCUAGCAAACUUCUCUGACUUUCCCCGCCACUUCUUGCACCGGGAGCUGCCAAAAAGAAAAUGCCCCAGGGAGGAGUUGGAGGCUUCUGAGGAAGAAUCCCCAGACAAGUGGGCUGCCGUCUCCAAGCAGGAAAAGCAGCUCCUGAUUGACUGUCUCACCACCAUCAUCAGGGGUCUGCUAGAAGACAAGAUCUUCCAUGAGGCCGUGGACCAAAGCCUGGUGGAGAAGAUGCCUUACUUCUCCCAGUUCUGGAAUGAGCAGUCAGCCAGGUUCGUGGCCCAGAACAACACCCUGCACUUAGCACCAGUCCUGUCUCCAUCCUCUAGCAGCUGGGAGGCCAGCAAAGGCAAGGAGCCAGAGGAGGACAAACUGAGGCUGGGAAAGAAAGUGGGGGAGGAGGAGGAGAAGAGCGAAGAGGAAGAGGAAGAGGAGGAGCUGGAGGAGGAAGAGGAGGAAGAGGAGGAAGAGGAGGAGAUGGAAGAGGAGGAGACAGGCAAGGGGGAGCUGGAGGAGGAGGAGCUGGAAGGGAAGGAAGAGAAGGUGCCCUGGAUGGGGAUUGAGCCCAUGCUGCAGCCCGCGUCCCAGGAGUCGCUGAAAUGGCAGUGGCAGCAGCAGCUGAAGGUCAUAGUGAAGGAGGAGCAGGAGCAGGACGAGAAGGAGACCAUCAGCCGGCUCCCGGCGUUCGCCAACCUGCAGGAGGCGCUGCUGGAGAACAUGAUCCAGAACAUCCUGGUGGAGGCGAGCCGCGGGGAGGUGGUGCUCACCUCGCGGCCGCGCGUCAUCGCCCUGCCGCCGCUCAGCGUUUCCAGGGUUGAGACUCCCGACUUGCUGCCCGUGGCGCCCCUCGGGCUGCAGCAAGCAGAGGUGCCCCGCCCGGCGGUGCCGCCCCCUGCGACUCUUUGAGGACGCCAGAGCCCAACCCCUCCGACUUGCUGCCCUAAGGGCCCCCUCCCCGCCGCCCCGCCAGUAAAGCAUCCGGCCUUCUGUA